CCUCAGCCAGAGGCGCGUCGGAUUCGAACGGCGGUGGCGGGCGGGAAGGAGCCGGGCAGGAGCGGAGCGGUCAUGGCGGGUUCGGCCGCUCUGCUCCGGCAGUGCCCGCUGCUGCUUCCACAGAACCGCGAGCGGACCGUCUAUGAGGGCUUCGUCACCGCGCAGGGUAGAGACUUCCACAUUAGGAUACUGUUACCAAUGGAUUGUCAACUGAAAAAUGCAAGGCUAGAGUGUAGCUGGCACCUAAAGAAGAUACUGAAUCAAUAUCAGCAUAUUUUAAAGCAGAGGCUGCACAGCUGUCCAGAUCUCAGCAGCUUUAUGGUGGAACUGAAAACUAUUUUGGAAAUUGCGUUAAAGAAUACACAAGACCUGCAUAUACCACGGCCGCCAGAAUACUACUCCUGUCUUGUCAGAGAUCUUGAAAUACUGGGUUGGAAUAAAGUUGCAUACAUGGAUACUGGUCUCACCACAAUCAAGCUGAAAGCUGAAGACUCUUGUGGUCGACAGCAUAUCAUCACUCUAAAGUUCAAUGCAAAGUAUCCAACAGAACCACCGGAUUGCCUUGUGGAUUUUCCAGUUCCAUUUGCUAUUUCUUGGAUGCCCCAGAGCUCCUUACUGGACAUUUAUAAUCAGUUCCUGGCAGCAUUGGAAUCAGUGAAAGAAUUCUGGGAUGCCAUGGAUGAAAUAGAUGGGAAGACAUGGGUGCUUGAGCCAGAAAAUCCCACGCGGGGUGCUACAACAAGAAGAAUCGCUAUAGGGAACAACGUCUCUGUGAGUGUGGAGGUGGAUCCUCGGCACCCAGCCAUGCUCCCUGAGUGCUACUUCCUCGGGGCAGAUCACGCGGUUAACCCCUUGAGAACCAAGCUGAACGACAACAUGCACUUGUGGGAUCCAGAAAUCAGUUUAUUGCAAAACUUGAAAGGCCUCUUAGAAAUCGAUUUCCCCUCUCGUGCUGUGUUAGAGAAAAGUGAUUUUGCCAAGGACUGUGGCAUCUGCUACGCCUAUCGCCUCAACGGCACUACUCCAGAUCAGGUGUGUGAUGACCCCCGCUGUGGACAACCCUUCCACCAGGCUUGUCUGUAUGAGUGGCUACAAGGUCUUCCUUCGAGCAGACAGAGCUUUAAUGUCAUCUUUGGUGAAUGUCCAUAUUGUAAUAAGCCACUGACGUUGAAAUCUUCAAUGAAGAAACUCUGAGAAGAAACUGUGUGAUGGGAACACCACCACACGUGCACUGAAGCCCCCGAGAUGGUGCCAUCAAAGAAAAUACAAGGAAAGUACUAUCAGCAGCAGGAG